AUGACCAACGGCGUCGUAAAGUGUCUGGUUACCGGCGGUACUGGCUUUCUAGGUCGAAAUGUCGUGCGGACUCUACUUAAGAAACAUCCGCAAUGGCGAAUCACCGUUAUGGAUCUACACCCUCCGGAGGACGACAUUCUAAAACGUAUCGCUGAGUGGAAGUAUGUCGACAUCACAUCCACGGACAGUGUCCGAGACGCUUUUCAAGACUACCAUCCGGACAUUGUCAUGCAUUCCGCCGGCAUAGUUCCAGCCCGAGAUCUCCGAUAUAGCACGAACAGCAAGCAAUGGGAGAAAGUUAGGGCCAUUAAUUAUCAGGGUACAAUAAACGUGCUCAAUGCGACGUUGGAAAGCGGUUGUCGCAAAUUUGUCUACACCAGCAGUUGUACUACGGUUAUCGAUGACCUCGACCACGAUUAUCACAACAUGAACGAGAGCAUACCACUCGGUCUGGCAACUCUGCACUAUGGCAAAUCCAAAGCAUUGGCUGAGCAGUAUGUGCUCUCCUCAGAACAAGCAGCCAAGGGUUUGAAAGCUUGCGCGUUGCGACCCUGCACCAUUAUCGGGCCCGAAGACCUUGCUGUGAUCAGUAUCAUGCACGAUCUCAUCGCAAAAGGGGAGACCUACUUCGUCGUUGGUGACGGGCACAAUCUUUAUGACUUCGUGUACAUCGACAACGCAGUAAAAGCGCACAUCCUCGCGAUUGAAAACCUACUCACGACAGAGACAGCUGCGGGACAUGCAUUCUUCAUCUCGAACCAGGAACCAGUAUAUUUCUGGGAUUUCUUCUUAGCUAUCUGGGCACAAUUCGGCCAUGUGCCGCGUUUUCGGAUUUUCAUACCCUUGUGGCUGGCGUGGACUGUGGCAUUGUUUCUGGAAAUCAUCACGUUCUUCACGGGUGGAGCAGUCACGCUUGAUACUGGCAGCGUCAAGGAUGGAGUGAGGACGCAAUACUCCGAUAAUUCGAAGGCGAUCGAGAUUCUGGGCUAUAAGCCAGAUGUUGGGAUAUCGGAAGGCGUGCGACUUUGGUGCGACGACUACAAGAAGUAUCUCGCGAGGCAAUCAUCUGCGAAGCAUAAGUUGGCAAAGACUUGAUGGGGUAGAGCAACGAAAUUUGAGCCAGC